UAAUAAAUAGUAAGCACAUAAAUGUAGGUUUUAUAUAAGAAAUAGGCUUAAUAGCUGGGAAUUGAGACUUAGCCAACAGAGGAAGUUCUACCAAAAUAAACGUUUUAGGACCAAUAAGAUCAUUACAUUUUAAUAACCAUCCUAAGAUCAUGAAUAGAAGUUUGAUUAGAUUAAUACUGCAACGUGGCACAAACUUUGUACAAUUAGGUAAAUUUGAUAUUUGGUUCCAACUUUCAAUAAUGAUAUGAUUGCUCCAUCUUUCAUAAUAAUAGUCAUACACAAGUACACAACUUUAACUCGUUUUGUUGAAUUGACAAUCAAAACUAAUGAUUAACUCAUUCAAACAUUAGUGAGUCAUCACAGAUUGCCACAUCGGCCGAAAACAAUUAUCCCAAUCUUUUUCUUUUUCAGGCACCCAAUCUAUUUUCUUAUUAUCAGAGAGCUCACCACCAUUCUUUUAGUAAAAACCUAUAGAAAAAUUCACCAGUAGAGCUUUUGACAGCAACAUUUAUUUAUUUAUUUAUUUUGGGUUUUUGUUGGUAGAAUGAGAGCAACAUCCUAUUAGAUAAGACAGACGUUUAUAUUAUUUAUAUUUUACGGGCACGUUUAUAUAUAUUUUCCCAUUUUUUGGUAACACAAACCUGCAUCUCUCUUCCUCUCUAGUACGUCCUUUUGCUUCCUAUCUUUCGUUUUUUUGGUUUUGGCAGCGACUUAAAAGAAAUGAGCAAAUGGCAGAGUUCAGAAACUUCUUACAGCAGAUAAUCAUUUAAAUAAGGCAAUAUCAAAUCCCUUCCUGCACCACUUCUUCCUGACUUCCGUGUAUAUUUAAGGCAGAGAGAUAGACCAUCUUCUUGAAAACCAACGAAAGGGAAAGAAGAGCAGAGCAGAGAGAUUCUGAUCAUUCAUUAAUUAGGUGAGGAAACUGAGAGAGGUCAGUGCUGUACCUUGUUGAGAGGAGGAAGGAAGAGAAUAAUGACUUCUUCUUCCUACAGCCAUGGUCUCAGUUCUGGUCAGAUCCGAUCCCUUUCAGCCAUCUGUGAAGCCUUUAUCCCUCCAUUGACACCUCCUGACCAGAGCCAGGAAGUCCCAGUUGACAGGCAGCAAGCACUUGUUUCCUUCUAUGGAGCUUCUGGGUCUCACCCACCUAUCCCUGACGAGGUGGCAGACCUGAUUGUCAGAAGAGGGAUGCCAGAAGCUGUGUUGGUACUGAAACUGGUACUCAAGUUGCUGUCUUCCAGGUUGGGAACACUGUUGCUCUGCGGGUUUUGCUGCUUGAGCCGGAAGUGGCCAUUCGUGCACAACUUCUCUGAAAUUCCCCUGCAGCAGAGAGAGCAACUUCUCCAGAAAUGGAGUGGAGAAACCCGGCAGCUGCUUAUACCUCUCAGAGUAGUGUUUGCAACCAUCAAAAUCUUCUCCUUGUUUGUCUUCUUCUCCAGGAUUGAUGAUGAAACUCAGAAGAACCCAGCUUGGGAAGCCAUUGGGUACCAAGUGGACACCAGGAAAACAACCCAUAUCAAACAGAAAGGAGGGGAGAGACGACCUCUGGAGAAAGGGAUUGUGGAAACGAUCCACGAAACCGACGACUCCACUCUCGUCCAGUCUCUAAUCCAAAAGGGUCUCGAGGUGAGUGAAGACGAACAGCACAACACCGUCAGGAUCAAAUGCGACGCCGUAAUCGUCGGCUCCGGUUGCGGCGGCGGAGUCGCCGCUGCCGUCCUCGCUAGCUCGGGAAUGAAAGUCGUCGUCCUGGAGAAAGGGAACUACUUCGCCGCAGAGGAUUACUCCUCGCUCGAAGCACCCUCGCUGGAGGAGCUGUACGAAUGCGGGGGAAAAUUGGCCACCACCGACGGCCAGACCAUGAUCUUCGCUGGAUCCACCGUCGGCGGCGGCUCCGCCGUCAACUGGUCCGCCUGCAUCAAGACGCCCGAUUGCGUCCUCAGGGAGUGGUCCGUGGACGACAAGCUUCCCCUCUUCGGAAGCUCGAUUUACCAGAACGCCGUGGACGCCGUGUGGAAGAGGCUGGGGGUUACAGACGGGUGCAAAAGGGAAGGGUUCCAGAACAAAAUCCUCAGAAAGGGAUGCGAGAAUCUCGGCCUGAAAGUCGAAUCGGUGUCGCGAAACUCGUCGGAGGAUCACUACUGUGGAUCCUGCUGCUACGGCUGCCGAAUCGGAGACAAGAAAGGCACGGACACCACCUGGCUCGUCGACGCAGUGGAGAACAACGGCGCUGUGGUAAUCUCAGGAUGCAAAGCCGAGCAAUUCGUCUUCUCCAACGACGGCGGCGGAGGGAAGAAUAAGAACAAGAAGAAGAGAUGCUCGGGAGUGACGGCGAGAUGUUUGAAUUCGAAAUUGGAGAAGAAGAAGCUGGAGAUCGAAGCUCGAGUGACGGUUUCGGCAGCUGGAUCGCUCCUCACGCCGCCUCUGAUGAUCGCCAGCGGAUUGAAGAACCCUAACAUUGGGGAAAACCUCCACCUCCACCCUGUCGUGAUGGCUUGGGGAUACUUUCCGCCAUCAUCAAAUUCAAAUCUGGAUCUGGAUCUGGAAGACGAGAAAUCGUACGAAGGAGGAAUCAUCACCUCAAUCCACAGAGUGGCGGACUCCUCUCCCUCCGGUGAAGUCGUCGCCAUCAUAGAAUGCCCGGCGGCGGGGCCGGCGUCGUACGCGGCAUCGUCUCCGUGGACAUCAGGGCGGGACGCGAAGGACAAAAUGGUGAAGUACUCGAGAACGGCGCUGCUGUUCGCGCUGGUGAGGGACCGGGGGUCAGGGGAAGUGAAGCGGGAAGGAAGGAUCUCCCACCGGCUGGACAGAGUGGACAAGGAGAAUCUGAGGACCGGGCUGAGGCGAGCGCUGAGGAUUCUGGCCGCCGCCGGGGCGGCAGAGGUGGGGACGUUCCGCAGCGACGGGCAGAAGAUUUCGUGCGGGGAAGGCGAGGAGGAAAUCACGGAGGCGUUUCUGGAUGGAGUUGAAGUGGGCGGCGGGUUGCAGUCAGGUGAUGGCAACUGGACGACCUUCUUCUCUGCUCACCAGAUGGGGAGCUGCAGGAUGGGCGCCACGGCGGAGGACGGCGGCGUCGACGAGAGUGGUGAGAGCUGGGAGGCCAAAGGUCUGUUUGUGUGCGAUGCAAGUGUGCUCCCCAGUGCCAUUGGUGUCAAUCCCAUGAUCACCAUUCAGUCCACUGCCUACUGCAUUGCCAGCAAGAUAGCUGAAUCCUACUCCAUUCCUUCAGGAGACGAGACUUGAUUGUUCCCCAGGUACAUCUAUCUUGAAUACAUAAACAUUUGUUUCAAAAACUUGAUACAGAAUGAUCACAGAAACAUAUUGGUUCCAGUGACUCUGUUAAAGCACGAGAGAGCUCAAUCCCAGGCAGAAAUAACACAAAGGGAACUCCUCUCAACCGCUGAAAACCUUAUGACCAUAUUAAGUCACCCGAAGUUGCUUCAGCUGUUUUAAUGGCCGCACGCAUUUAGAUUCUCAGUAACCUCAUUUCUCAGAGGGAAAUGUACAAAGAGGAACAAAACAAGGCUGUUCCUCGUAGGGAUGGCAACAAAACCAGAACCCACGGGUACCCACCCGACUCAACCCGGUCAACACGGAUAAAAUCCGUGUUGACAGGUUUUGGACCGUGUUUGGAUUUAAACCCGUUCACUAUUCAUCGGGUUGGAUUGGGUUUGGGUUUAGGUAAACCCUACCCAUGGGUACCCGCCCACACCCAUAUAAUUAAUUUUCUCGGUAUAUUUAAUAUUCUAAACAACUAAUCUUAUUUAUGUUUGUGGAGAAAUGUCUAAUUUUUUCUUUCUAAUUGAGUAGAAUGAAGUUGAUGUUAUCGAGUGGAGAGUGAAGAAACUUAAUUGAAAGGAAGAAGCUUUCAAUUAAUCAUGUUAUUUAAGGAAAAUUUGUGAUUUACUUCAAUUUUCUUGAGUUUUCUAGAUUGGUGUUGAACAAUUUGUAUAGUUAAUUUGUGAUUUGCUUGAAUUUUCUAGAAUGGUGUUUUAUAUAUGGAUAAUUUGUAUUGAGAGAUUGAUAUUUGACUUUAAUUUUGAUAGGAACUUAUUAUUAUAAAUUUUUUACGACAAAAACCCGUGAGUACCCAUGAACCCGCGGAUACCCAGCGGGUUGGGUUGGGUUUGAGUUUUUUAAACCCAGUGGGUUUAACCCCGAGUUUUUUUCACGAAUAAACCCAUGGGUUUGGGUUUGAGUUUGGCAAAACCCGACCCAUUGCCAUCCCUAAUUGCUCGGGAAUUCAAGGGGCUGCGCUAAAUAUGAAUAUGUAAAAUUUAUUAAAGAGAGACACUAAAAGCAGAAUUAGGUGUUCUUCACCUGUUUGGCAGCAUUGACAAUUCCGCUAGCUAUAACAUCAAAUUUCAUGAUCCCUCCAAAUAUGUUCACCAAGAUUGCCUUUACUUUAUCAUCAAAAGUCAAUCUUUUGAAUCCCUCGAAAUAUGUUCACCAAGAUAGCUCUAGUUUGUACCCGACAUGUGUGGCAACCCAAUGUAGAGUGCAGACUGGGAAGUGGUGCUCAGGUUAAGACGAAUCCCGUCCAUCAACUUCCCCACAUGUGACCUUGAAAGGAAAGGCUAUGAUACAUCCGCUCUUGGUCAUAGGGAGAAAUGCUUGUUUGCAAAAGAAUUGCAAAAGUUUGGUGCAAUGCACGUCAAUGUCAAGAAAAAGGAGACUAAUAAACGACAACUCCUAAGUCUAAAGAGAGAAUAAAAAGCACCUUCGAGAAUUCUUGUGCUUAUUUGUUGUUAGAGAAUCCCCGGAGCACACCAUGAAUGUUCAGCCUAAAGUAGUAGGUAUGGUCCUCACCCGUGAGUUUGUGCUUACACAGUAAGAUGAUAGUAAUGUUAAUUCAUCUCCGUCUACUCUUCUUUAUGCAAUGAAGAACUAAAGUGCAUUACCCCAUUGAUUUGUCUAUCAUGUUGCAUUAGGUUUGGGUAGAUUUGCUUGAGGACAAGCAAAAGCCAAAGUGUGGGGAGUUUGAGAACACCUAAAUUGGUGUUAUUUAUCCUUCAUAUUGAGGUUUGUUUCGUGACAAUUCAUGCGCAUAAUUCCUUGAACAUCGUCAAUUGCAUCCCUUUUCCGUUCCUAUUUGAAUUCGAUGUGAUUUUAGGGUGUGUUAGACGAUAUAUGCGAAUUAGGUACAAAACAAGGCCACAAGUGUAGCAAAGGGGCAGGAGACUAAAGAUCGUGGCUUUGAAGAGAAUGAUCAAGACCGAGAACAUGGACUGUGAAGUAAAGAUGAAGAUCGUGGCAUGAAAGCCCAAGAUCGCGCCCGCUAAUUGGCGGGCUCGGGUCGUGAACUUUGCGAAGAAGGAGCCAAUGAGAAACGUAGAGUUUCCCCAGUUCAAUCACGGACAUAGAGCAUUUUGACCGCGAGGAAGAUUGCGGCCGCGACUCAUGGAUCGCAACCGUGAAGUCAGCCUGCGAUCUCUUCAAUUCCGAAGAGAGUUACUAAUUAACGCCUAAAUUGUAAAAUUUAUCGCCCUAACUUAAAUAAGUUGACAUUUUUACCCUCAAAAUAUUCUCAAUCUCUAACCAAAUAAAAAAAACCAUUCCCAAAAACACAGAAUCGCCCUAAAUGUCAGUCGUCGCCCUAGGAUCCCCAUCGUCGGCAAACAAGUCCUCACCUGUCGCCUCCGUUCGCCGUGGAAGUCGUCGCCCGUCGCUGCCGUUCGCUUGAAAGUCGUCGCCCGUCGUCGCCGUUUGCCUAGAAUUCCUCGCCCGUCAUUGUCGCUCGCCUGGAAAUCCUCGCGGUGACUGCUCCGCUGCUCGGUCCGCCCUGUCGACGCCACCAAUUCCGGGAAUAUGAAAAAUUAGUCGUACUUUUUCAUUUGUUAUUAGUUUGCCGCAAUUUUGAUUCCCGCUCCCGGAGAAGACACUUGCCAGGUCAUUGUUCGACGAAAUGCCGCAGUGAGCUGUUGGUGGAAGAUGGGAACGAUGGCGUUGAAGCUGCAGGAGAAGUUAGUCUCGGAGAGGAAAACCCAGAAGAUGAGAUUGGCGAUAGCUUCUACGUCUGCAACUUUGUGACUCAGUUGUACUCCCAAUAAUUUCCAAAAAGUACCUAUUGCUACUAGAAGUCAAAAUAAUCAACAAAACAUAGUAAAACAUCAUAAUGUGA